AAAAAAAAAAAAAAGCAAUGGUGGCAACUUGACAGCUCUCAUCAAUCCAUCCAUCUCCCUUCGUGAAAAAUGCAGACCCGCAGCUCGCUGUGCUGGUUUAAAAACUUUUGUAAAGGUUGCUCUUCGGACAUGAAGCCGGCUCCUAGCUCCCUUUCCCCAAAAAGCUUCGCUUUGGCCACGAGGUGGCAAUAACUUGCAAACAAAACGCUGAAACUGCCAGGCAGCAACUGGAAACUGUCUCCCUCCCCGAGCUGUUCGCUGAGCUCUUCCCCCUCCUCUUUUGUUUCAAUAUUUAAUUGCAUUUAUUUCGGAAUUACUAGGCAACCCACCCCCAGAUGUGUAAUUUAAAGGUGAUGUGCUCGCGGUGAGAUUUCCAGGAUCCGCUCAGCAGAGCACCAUCCGUCAUGUGAUGCUGGGAUAAGGUGGAGUUCGGCUUUAAGGGGGAGUCUCCAGCCUUCCUCACCCAGCUUUGGGAUCUCAGCUGGAGGAAUACCAGAGGAUCCUUCCCCUCUCCCUGCUCCUCAGCCAGCCCCCGAGAAGACCCAAGGCAGAGAGCUGCAAGGUCCCGCGAGAGAGAUGUGGCACCAAGGGUCUCCUCGAGGGCUGACGGGCAUGUUUCAAACGUUGUGAGAGAUUUGGAUGAAACCCGUGACAGCUGGGAAUAUUAUACAGCAAGUUGGGAACAACAUGAAUGCUUCAGUUCUUGGCUCCCCGGGAAAUAGUUCCAGCCACCUGAAUUUUUCAGAGAAGAACUCGCAGAUCUUACAGUUUGAGGAUGAAGAUUGCCAUGUGCCUUUGGCCAUGGUCUUCACCUUGGCCUUGGCUUAUGGGACCGUGAUAAUUCUGGGAGUGUCUGGGAAUCUGGCCCUGAUUGUCAUUAUUUUAAAACAAAAGGAAAUGCGCAAUGUUACUAACAUCCUCAUUGUCAACCUGUCCUUUUCUGAUCUUCUAGUGACCAUCAUGUGUCUUCCCUUUACCUUUGUGUAUACCUUAAUGGACCACUGGAUUUUUGGGGAGGCCAUGUGCAAGUUGAACCCUUUUGUGCAAUGUGCCUCAAUCACCGUCUCGGUCUUUUCUUUAGUCCUCAUUGCCAUUGAGCGCCACCAGCUGAUCAUCAACCCCCGAGGCUGGAGGCCAAACAACAGGCAUGCCUACAUGGGAAUUGCUGCCAUAUGGAUUUUAGCCACAGCUUCCUCCUUGCCUUUCCUGAUCUACCACGUGCUAACAGACGAACCCUUCAGAAACAUAACGUUUGAUGAAUAUAAGGACAAAUAUGUGUGUUUGGACCUGUUCCCCUUGGACACUGCCCGGCUUUCUUAUACCACGACUUUAUUGGUGAUUCAGUACUUUGGACCGCUUUGUUUUAUAUUUAUUUGCUACUUAAAGAUAUACAUACGAUUAAAAAAAAGGAACAACAUGAUGGACAAGAUGAGAGACAAUAAGUACAGAUCCUCUGAAACCAAAAGGAUCAACAUCAUGCUGAUCUCAAUAGUGGUUGCCUUUGCCGUUUGCUGGCUGCCUCUGACCAUCUUCAAUAUCGUGUUUGAUUGGAACCAUGAAAUUCUGCCCGUUGCUACCUGCAGCCACAACCUCUUGUUCCUCAUCUGCCACCUCACCGCCAUGAUCUCCACCUGUGUGAACCCCAUCUUCUAUGGGUUUCUCAACAAGAACUUCCAGAGGGACCUGCAGUUUUUGUUCCACUUUUGCCACUUCCGCUCCCGUGAGGAGGAUUAUGAGACCAUAGCCAUGUCCACCAUGCACACAGAUGUUUCAAAAACCUCUCUAAAGCAGGCAAGCCCAGUUGCAUUUAAAAAAAUAAAUAGCGAUGAUGAUGACAAAAUAUAAAGAAGUCAUAAUAAUUCAUCACCAAACCUCUGAAAGCGUGAUCGCAGGUGAAAUGUGUCCAAGGACAAGCACAAUUAUGUAACAAGUGCAAAAUGGGUAAUGCUUUUCUCCUUUUUCCAAGGAACUGGGAUUGUUGUCACUUUGAAAUUAUAUGCUGUGCAUUUUUGCCCCUUUUGCUGCUUCAAUGUUCACAGCAGUUAUAUCUGAAUUUUAUUAUAAGAUGUAGUUGGAUCUGCUACUACCUAUGGAUUUUCAUCAGCUGUCUUUUGUUCCGUUUUCUUUGUACAGUUAUGCACUUUAGCUCAAAGAUAUAUUUAUUGAUUUUUUUUUUUCCAAAGAAGUAGUUUUUGGGGAGUGUCAAAGACCAUUAGAAAUUAUAGAAAUUAUAUGAGCCCCAGGGAAACUGUCACUACAGAGGACAGCCAUCCCAGCUUGAAAUUAGGACAUUUUGAUCUGAAGAGUUGUUCUUUUUUUUUUUUUUUAAUCUGGUUUUUGAUCAAUGCUAAAAUCCUGUAAAAUCAGUAGAGGCACGCAGAAAAUGAUUCUGAGAAACCUGUAGAAUAUGGUAAAUGGGGACAUGCAUUUGUCUCAUUCACAGGGGCAAUUUGGGCUGUAAUCACUUAGGUUCAAAGACAGGAUUAGGAGAGAAAUUCUGUUCUCAUUUACAAGAAUAAAAACCUAGAGUAACUCUACAGAGCACAAUGGGAUAAUUCUGAUUUUCACCACAGCAAAUGAAAGCACAAAUGAGUCUUUAAUCCCAAAUGAUUAUAGUUGAUUUUAAUAAUGUGGGUUUAUUAAUUAAAAAAAAUAAAAAACAACACAACAAAAAAGCCAACUGCAUUUUCAUCUGCCAUCACCAGAAGGCUGGGAUGAAAUUUCCUGUCAGUCCCAAGCAUAUGAACCCUGAAAGUCUUCUUAUGUCCUGUAUAUGUCAGAAAUCUGAAGGGAGAUGGGAAUGUUUGCUUUCUGUACGAGGUACAAUUCCAUCCUUGCAGGUGAUAUUAAAAACCCAGGAUUAAAAAAAAAAUAAUAAUAAAUGGUUCUAGCUACAUGAAUCUUUUCAUAAUAAUUAGUGCUGAUCUAUAUAAAUUAUGUAUAGCCUCAUAACGUUCUGUGUUCAGAUGCAACGGUACAAACCUGGAUUUUCUCCAAGAUGAUGGAUGGCUUAAUCAAAAUCUGCAAAAUUUUAAAGGAGGACAUAGCAUGGUUGCAAUCGGUAUGUUUAGCUUCCGAACUCACAGUUGACUGAAGUGCAGAAAUAUUUGCCAGAUGUACACAAUAGAGCUCUGUGUGUUAUUGCUUCAAAUAUAUAACCUCUAAUUACACAAAAUAUAUGUGACUUGAUCCCCAGCUGAGGGAAACCUGCAUAACUUGACUGCUGUACAUGAAACUAUAAUAAUUUCAGUCAGCUGAGGUUCUGCAUCAUACAGUGCACUUUGCAAGAUAAUCAAUGCCUUUUGAAUGAUCAGCUUUUUAAAAUACAAUGUAGUCCCUAUUUUUAUUUAGCAAGGUCGCUUUAAACCAUUCUGGCAGAGAACAGGGUCUUUAAAAGGGAUAUAAAUGUAAAUGUAGCAUAAAUGGGAAUCAGAUCUGAUAUGUCUCUGAACAAAAAGAUCCCGGGAUGUGAUGGUGAAUUUAAUAUGUUCUAAAUUUGACAUGGAUAAAUGCCUAAGAAAUGAAAAUUAUUUGGUUUGCCAGUAUUUAAAAGUCAAAAACUGUGCCUUGUGCAGUCUUAUAAAUAGUGUAGAAUAUUAAAGUAGCAAUGUGUUCUUGUGUAUUAUAAUUCCAUGUAUUUCUUUACUGACAGAUAAUUUAAUUUAAAAAGGAGGCUUCUGUCACUGAGAACAGAGAGGGAAUGUAUAAAAUGAAUUAUAAGACAGAACUUUCUUUCAGAGCUUUGCCCUUUUGUAUUUUAUGAGAUUUCCCUUUUCUAUGUGGUUCUCCGUGGAGUGUGUUGCUAAUAACUUGACAAGAGGCUCCUGAAAUUAAUCCCCUGUCAUUUUAUAGUCAUUUUCUUAUGGAAAGGGGUGUGUAUUUUCACAAAGAGAUACAAUGCAGAAACCCAGCUAUGUGUUUCUAUUAAGAACGUUACAGUAGGUUUUUCUUAUCGGGGGAAAAAAAAUCACCGUGCAUUUUUUUUAUAAUUGUUAUUCCUAUUGGGGGGGGGGUAUCACUUUCUUCCAAACCAGUGGGAGAAGACAACCGCAUAAUUUGAGAAAGUUACCAGAUAGUUGGUUGGAAAUGUGUGAUCAGGCUGAAGAUGUUUACACAGGGUAGGUGUUGAUGUGAUUUUGGAGCGGUGGUGCACAGAGACCUAGAAGUGGUGUGUCCUGAGAUUCACAGGCCUGCAGUGGGACAGCUGCACAAUUACUUCUAUGUCCACCUUCCUCCUGCUUGAGGUACGGUCUCAAAUCAUAGCGCCCAUCUGAUGCCAUCUCAUAUUAUCUCCUGAGAGCGUGUUAGUUUUUUUUUUUUUUAAAAAAAAAAAAUAUCCAGUGCCUGAUAAACAAGCUGAGGUUGUGCCAGCAUGUGCAAGUUGAAGCAUGCCUUCUGCUGGUCCAUGCUCAGCUCAGAAGCCAUUUUUCAGCUGCACUGCUGUCCUAGGAUCAGGCCUCUUUUCCAUGCUUCCUCACGGCCCAGCAAGAAGCACGCUGCCUUCCCGAGGCGCUGCGAAGGACGCAGUCCGUGCGUGGUCACCCAAAUAGCACAGGCUGUGGGCACUGUGCAGACAGUCUCAGCAGGAAGAGGCAUUUGCAGAAUUUCAGAAGCAAAGUCAUCACUAUUCAGAAGAAGCUUUUAUGAGGACAAAGAUAAAAGUAGUCUCUCUGAGGUGCUGACCUGACAUCUGCAGGGUGUAGAUGACAUCUACUGAGAGCAGUAUUUCUGUCUUUGGUUGUAUGACAUGUGUAUGUCCUCAAAAGCCACUGGAGACUUUCUCCUACUGAUACCUGGCUACUACACGAAUCCUCUUUUUCACUUUCAGAUCUCCAGCAUGGCUUCUCAUCCUCUAUAUGUUAAAUUUCAUUAUAGGGUGAGCUGUUGGGUUUCACGUUUCUCAGUCAUUAUGGUUUGAUAUUUUUUCCUUCCAUGUGCUGUUUUGUCAAACUCUCCACACUUCAGCACAUACUAAGUCCUGUCCCCAAAACCUGAAGAUUUCUCUUUUUCUUUCAGACUGGUAGAAAAAUUUUACUGUCAGAAAAACAUAACAGUGAGGGAUCUGUAAUGUAUCUCACUAUUUGUAUGCAAUACAUUUCAUGGCAAAUCUACAGCCUUAAAUGACAAAUGUAACUGUUUAAUAAACAUUAAUAUCUGCUUCA